CGCUCGGGGGGCGGAAGCGGAAGUGUUUGUGGCCGGCUAGUAGGAAGUGGUGCUUCCGCGAGUGGAGAUGGCGGCGCUGGCCCCGCUGCCGCCGCUGCCCGCGCAGUUUAAGAGCAUACAGCAUCAUUUGAGAACGGCUCAGGAGCAUGACAAGCGGGACCCCGUGGUGGCCUACUACUGUGAGUCCCUCCGAGUCGCCGCCCUCCCGGACGGUGGCUGCCCGAGCCCACGCGCCGCCCUCGGUGUAACAAGUAAUACCGUACAGCCUAGUCCACAGACUGUUCCAGCCAUCGAUCCUGACCUGUACACGGCUUCCCAAGGGGAUGUCCGCCUGACCCCGGAGGAUUUUGCUAGAGCUCAGAAGUACUGCAAAUACGCUGGCAGUGCCCUGCAGUAUGAAGAUGUGGGCACUGCGGUGCAGAACCUCCAGAAGGCUCUCAGGCUGCUGACGACGGGCAGGGAGUAAAGCCUCUGCGUGUGCAAGCCAUGUGUUGUCAACAUCUAGAACUAACAGUCUAUUACACUUUCCUCCGCCUUCCAGGAGCAUGGAUUGACAGAAGACUGCAGUUCCACUGAGUAAGACAAUGACUCCUCUGUGUUUCCGAUUCCUAGGGAAGCAUUCUUCAGCUGCCUCAGCCAGUUGUCAUUGUCCACUUAGUGGAUCCAGUAAUCUCUGAGUAUAUAAGAGCUGAUGUUAGCAUUGAACCCUGCUUCAAAAAAAUGAAAAUGUCCCUGUAGAAAAUCAUGUCGGGUAUAAUCUUUCUUAAUUUAUAUACACUAAAGGAAGUUUUUGAAAAAUCUGUAAUAUUUGGACAAACCAUAUUAUGUUGCUAUAAUAUUCUAAAUUAAACUUUUAAUAAAGAUUGCCAGAAUAUUCUGGAUUGGA